ACCUAGGCAUCUCCCGUUCUUGACCGAUACUUAUCAAUGCCUUUUUCCCGACCCUCGCUCGAGUUUCGCCGAGGGAGUUUGCUCCACGACUUGGCAUCUCGACUCUAUGGUUGCGCAUAACACUUUCUUAGAAGAUUGCGUUAUCGUCAAACCUGCAAUUUCACAACUUUACGCCUAUAACGGAGGAAAUCUCCAGUCAGUUCUUGGUCAUGCUGACAUCUCCGUAGGGACGCGUUAUGCAUGGCGAAUCUCCGAAAGUUGCUAUGAUAUCGCUUUUUUCCUUGCAUUGUGCGCGACAACUUUCUUGCUCGUGUGUAUAGUGGCAAUUUUGUCUUGGGUAAAAACUGUCGGAAAAUGCGUGGAGCACAGAUAAAACUGUUUGAGGCCCGUACAACUAGCAUGACCAAGAACCGGAUCUUCUCCAUCGGUCCAUCGGGACG